AUUUUUUCUUCUUCUUUCAAUUAAAAAAAAAAAAAAUCAUUUUUUCUUCUUUCUUCAUCAUCCGAUUCUCUCACAAACGCAAUCGCACGGCCUUGAGAUGAGAAAAAGGCUGCUCUCUUGACUCUAAUAAGGUUUCUCAAUCCUGUUAGAUCAAUCUGAUUCCCAAAUCUCGCAGCGAAGGAUCCUUUCUAGGGUUUUCUUCGUCUUCUCCUUCUCUCUCUCUGUGUGUGCUAAGAGGUUGCUGAGUCUUCGUAGUGAAUCAUCAUCGAUUGCAUCGGAAGUUCAGAUAAAAGGAGAUGCACCGGGUUGCAAGUUCCGGGAGUAAUGGCGGUUCUGUCCGCGCUCGCAAAGAGAAGAAGCUUACUUAUGUCUUAAACGAUGCCAACGACACUCAGCACUGUGCUGGCGUUAAUUGCUUGGAUGUGUUGAAAUCGUCUGUUUCCAGUGAUCAGAGUUUCCUUUUCACUGGAAGUCGUGACGGUACACUCAAGAGGUGGUCGUUUGAUGAAGAUGCGCCUCUUUGCUCUGCUACGUUCGAGUCUCAUGUUGAUUGGGUGAAUGACGCUGCUUUGGCUGGUGAUAGCACUCUUGUUUCUUGUUCUUCAGACACUACGGUCAAGACAUGGGAUAGCUUAUCAGAUGGAGUUUGUACGAGGACUCUCCGUCAGCACUCUGACUAUGUUAUUUGUUUGGCAGUUGCGGCACAAAAUUGCAAUGUUGUUGCAUCUGGUGGCCUUGGUGGGGAGGUUUUUAUAUGGGAUAUUGAAGCCGCUUUAUCACCAGUUACGAAAGCUAAUGAUUCGAUGGAAGAUAGUUCCUCAAAUGGUGCAAAUGGUAUUGGGAGCUCUCAGCCCGUUGCAAGUUUAAGAAAUGUUGGUUCCAGCAACAAUAUCUCUGUGCAGUCAUCACCAUCCCAUGGGUACGCACCAACAGUUGCCAAAGGCCAUAAGGAGUCUGUCUAUGCUUUGGCGAUGAAUGAUACGGGGACGACGCUCGUCUCUGGUGGAACAGAGAAGGUUUUACGUGUCUGGGACCCUAGAACUGGUUCAAAAAGUAUGAAGCUGAGGGGGCAUACAGAUAAUGUCAGAGUGCUGCUUCUGGACUCGACUGGCAGGUUUUGCUUGUCUGGGUCCUCUGAUUCUAUGAUAAGACUUUGGGAUCUAGGUCAGCAGCGAUGUCUUCAUACCUAUGCGGUGCAUACAGAUUCUGUUUGGGCGCUUGCAUGCACUUCAUCGUUUACUCAUGUUUAUAGCGGUGGAAGAGACCAAUCUUUAUACUUGACAGACUUGGGAACAAGAGAGAGCGUUUUGCUGUGCACUAAGGAACAUCCGAUUCAGCAACUAGCUUUGCAAGAUGAUAGUAUAUGGGUUGCAACAACAGACUCCUCUGUAGAGAGAUGGCCCGCCGAAGUUCAGAGUCCUCAAAAGGUCUUUCAGCGAGGUGGCUCUUUCUUGGCUGGGAACUUGUCUUUUAAUAGGGCGAGAGUGUCAUUGGAAGGACUAAAUCCUCCCCCUGCCUACAAGGAGCCGUUAGUGACUAUUCCUGGAAGCCACCCGAUUGUGCAGCAUGAGAUUCUGAAUAACAAAAGGCAAAUUUUAACCAAGGACGCAGCUGGCUCAGUGAAGCUGUGGAAUAUAACUAAGGGUGUUGUGGUUGAGGACUUCGGGAAGAUAUCAUUUGAAGAGAAGAAAGAAGAACUAUUUGAAAUGGUAAGCAUUCCAUCAUGGUUUACUGUGGACACACGACUUGGGUGCUUAUCCGUUCAUCUUGAGACUCCACAAUGCUUCUCUGCUGAGAUGUAUUCAGCUGACCUCAAAGUUUCCGGGCGACCUGAAGAUGAUAAGAUUAAUCUAUCCCGUGAAACACUGAAAGGCCUGAUGGGUCAUUGGCUAGCGAAGAAGAAGCACAAACCAAAACCCCAAGCUUCUGCCUCUGGAGAUAUUCUAUCCGCAAAAGACUCCAAAAAGAAUCUGACUGCAUCCAAAACUGAAGACAGCAGUGCAGCGAAUGAUCCGGUGUAUCCUCCCUUUGAGUUUCCUUCUGUCUCCCCUCCGUCCAUCAUUACCGAGGGCUCUCAAGGAGGUCCAUGGAGGAAGAAGAUAACUGAGUUUACCGGAACUGAAGAUGAGAAGGACUUCCCCUUGUGGUGCCUUGAUGCCGUCUUGAACAAUCGCCUUCCUCCUAGAGAAAAUACAAAAUUAAGCUUCUUCCUGCAUCCAUGUGAAGGCUCAAAUGUGCAGGUGGUCACACUAGGGAAACUUAGUGCACCUCGGAUCUUAAGAGUUCACAAGGUUACCAAUUACGUUGUGGAAAAGAUGGUUCUUGACAGUCCGUUGGAUAGUUUAGCUAUCGAUGGAGGACCACAGCCUCUGUUUGCAGGAAAUGGACUGCUACCGUCUGGAUCAAAGCCUUGGCAGAAACUCAAACCUUCCAUUGAGAUCUUAUGCAAUAACCAGGUCUUAGCUCCAGAGAUGAGUUUGGCAACUGUGAGGGUAUAUAUAUGGAAGAAACCUGAGGAUCUAAUCCUCAACUACAGGGUGGCUAUAGCUAGAUAACUUUUGAGAUUUGUCACCGGGCAAGUUUCUGAGUGUCUCCAAAUUGGGAAUCUGCUGGUUCAUUUGAAGUCUAUAGCUUUUCAAUGUUUGUUAGUUCCGAAAGCAUAUUAAUCUUGGUUUAGUGUUACUCGGCUUCAUGCUGGCGAAUAAGUCUGCUCUAAAGGAGUUGGGACUCAUAAGAAGUGGGGCUUGAAUGCAGUGCUAUCGAUAAAAGGUCCAAGAUCUUUAGACGAGAUGGUGUCGAAAACUUUAUUAAUCUUUUGUACAUUGGGUUUGUUCUUUGGGAAAGAACAAAAACAAACUUUAUAUAUGUUUUCAGCUGUUCCCUGAAACAAAAAAAUAAAUAACCAAUGCUC